AUGGCAUUAGAUAAUCUUGAUUGUCCUCCAUUACCUGUUCGUUGGUUUUAUGCUGUAGACGUUCCAUCAUGGGACCCAUUAAAAACACCAAAAUCAAAUAAUUCUAAAACGCCUCCUGAAGAAAAGUGUCCCAUGGUAUGGGUUCCCUUCUCCAAGCGUGAUUCAAACUCAUUAGAAGCUGCUUUUAAACUUGGUGUACCAGGAAAAAAA